UGUCUGUGGCGGCGGCAGCGGGUUGGGGAUUCCCAGAGAUGGCAGGUUCCUCAGGGGAACAGGCUGCUGACUACAGGUCCAUUCUGAACAUUAGUGACGAGGCAGACAGGGCACGGGCCCUGGACCAGCACCUCAGCACGCGUAGCUAUGUCCAGGGGUACUCACUGUCCCAGGCAGAUGUGGACGUGUUCAGGCAGCUUUCAGCCCCGCCCUCGGACUCGAGGCUCUUCCACGUGGCUCGGUGGUUCAGGCACAUAGAAGCGCUCCUGGGUGGCCCCUGUGACAAAGUCGAGCCCUGUGGGCUCCAAGCAAGUAAGGGCCGGCGAGUGCAGCCUCAUUGGUCCCCCCCAUCUGGGACUGAGCCAUGCAAACUCCGCUUGUACAACAGCCUCACCCGGAAUAAGGACGUGUUUAUACCUCAAGAUGGGAGAAGGGUGACGUGGUACUGCUGUGGUCCAACCGUCUAUGACGCAUCUCACAUGGGGCAUGCCAGGUCCUACAUCUCUUUCGAUAUCUUGAGAAGAGUACUGAAGGAUUAUUUCCACUAUGACGUCUUUUACUGCAUGAACAUCACAGACAUUGAUGAUAAGAUCAUCAGGAGGGCCCGGCAGAACUACUUGUUUGAGCGGUAUCGAGAGCAGAAGCCUUCGGCUGCCCAGCUGCUGGAGAAUGUUCGCGCUGCCCUGAAGCCAUUCUCAGUGAAGUUAAGUGAGACCACAGAUCCUGACAAGAGGCAGAUGCUCGAACGCAUCCAGCAGGCAGUGACACUGGCCACAGAGCCACUCAAGCGAGCCGUGCACUCUAACCUUGCUGGAGAGGAAGUGGACCGCCAUGCAGAGAUAUUGCUGGAGGAGGCAAAAGAUUUGCUUUCUGACUGGCUGGAUUCCACAUGUGGCAGUGAGGUGACCGACAAUUCUAUUUUCUCCAAACUGCCAAAGUUCUGGGAAGGGGAGUUCCAUAAAGACAUGGAAGCUCUGAAUGUCCUUCCUCCUGAUGUUUUGACCCGGGUUAGUGAGUAUGUACCAGAAAUCGUGAGCUUUGUCCAGAAGAUUGUGGACAACGGUUAUGGAUAUGUUUCAAAUGGGUCUGUCUACUUCGACACAGUCAAGUUUGCGUCCAGUGAGAAACACUCCUAUGGGAAGCUGGUGCCCGAAGCUGUUGGGGACCAGAAAGCUCUUCAGGAAGGGGAAGGCGACCUGAGCAUCUCAGUGGACCGCCUGAGUGAGAAGCGCUCCCCCAGUGACUUUGCGCUGUGGAAGGCCUCCAAGCCGGGAGAGCCGUCCUGGCCAUGCCCCUGGGGAAAGGGUCGUCCAGGAUGGCACAUUGAGUGCUCUGCCAUGGCAGGCACACUUCUGGGAGCCUCGAUGGACAUUCAUGGGGGAGGAUUUGACCUCCGCUUUCCCCACCAUGACAAUGAGCUGGCACAGUCAGAGGCCUACUUUGAAAACGAUUGCUGGGUCAGGUACUUCCUGCACACAGGCCACUUGACGAUUGCAGGCUGCAAGAUGUCAAAGUCCCUAAAAAACUUUAUCACCAUUAAAGAUGCCUUGAGGAAGCACUCGGCGCGGCAGCUGCGGCUGGCGUUCCUCAUGCACUCGUGGAAGGACACACUGGAUUAUUCCAGCAAUACCAUGGAGUCUGCUCUACAGUAUGAGAAAUUCAUGAACGAGUUUUUCUUAAAUGUGAAAGAUGUCCUUCGUGCUCCUGUUGAUAUCACUGGCCAGUUUGAAAAGUGGGAAGCUGAAGAAACAGAGUUGAAUAAGAACUUCUAUGACAAGAAGACAGCAGUUCAUGAAGCCCUCUGUGACAACAUCGACACCCGCACUGUCUUAGAGGAAAUGCGGGCCUUAGUCAGUCAGUGCAACCUCUACAUGGCGGCUCGCAAGGCUGCACGGAGGAGGCCUAACCAGGCUCUGCUGGAGAACAUUGCUCUGUACCUUACCCACAUGCUGAGGAUCUUUGGGGCCAUAGAAGAGCAAAGCUCCUUGGGUUUCCCGGUUGGAGGACCUGGGACCAGCAUAAAUCUUGAGUCCACAGUCAUGCCCUACCUGCAGGUCUUGUCGGAAUUCAGAGAAGGUGUGCGGAAGAUCGCCCGGGAGAAAAAAGUCCCUGAGGUUUUGCAACUCAGUGAUGCCCUCCGGGAUGACAUCCUGCCUGAGUUUGGGGUGCGGUUUGAAGACCAUGAAGGACUGCCGACUGUGGUGAAAUUGGUGGACAGAGACACCUUACUGAAAGAGAGGGAAGAGAAGAAAAGGGUUGAAGAAGAGAAGAGGAGGAAGAAGGAGGAAGCUGCCAGGAGAAAACAGGAGCAAGAAGCAGCAAAGCUGGCUAAGAUGAAGAUUCCACCCAAUGAGAUGUUUCUGUCUGAAAGUGACAAGUAUUCCAAGUUUGACGAAAAUGGCCUACCUACACAUGACAUUGAAGGCAAGGAACUGAGCAAGGGACAGACCAAGAAGCUGAAGAAGCUGCUCGAAGCACAGGAGAAGCUCUACAAGGAGCAUCUGCAGAUGGCCCAAAACGGGAGCCUCCAGUGAAGAGCCACUGCUGCCCUGUUAGCCCGGCCAUGUGGACCGCAGGGCCUUCGCCUCAUGACAGUGACCCGUGCUCUGGUCACACUUACAGCUGUCCUUGGGCCCUAAACUAAGAAUUGUGUUCAUGUAGGUCCGUGUCAGCAGUGGCUCUGAGGCAUCCGUAAUAAAUUCUACCUAGUAAGGCCCGUGCCACCCUCUCCUCGUCACCCUGCGCUCAGCAUUUGGCAGCGUGACCUCCUGACUGCUUGGUCAGCAGGCUGCAACUUAGGCACGCUGGUCAAUGGAGCCCCUUCAGCCAGCUUCGGCAGCUAAUCUGUGCUGUGUGGGCGCAUUUGGAGGUAUUUGAGUAGGAAAAAGGCUGGCUCAGCCUGGCGGAUCCCGCUGAGCCCCAGACAAAGGCUGCUUAGCCUGCCUCCUGGCUCUGAUGAACACACACACUGCAGGUUUCCUAGAGCAGCCAGCAGGACAGUGGUUCUACGGGGCAGGGCUCUGGCGAGCUGCCCAGGACUGCUGCGGGGGACAGCGAGCCCAGAUCUGCACAGUUGGAGGGUGAGAUAAAGGGUAUCAACACAGCGGGGACGUUGGUCACUGUGUGCAGCCUGAGGGCUAAGUCAUCGCCACCUGCUCCUGCUCAAGUGCUCUUCUGGGCUGAGAAUCAGCACCAGCACUUCAACGUGCCUGGCUGGCUGUAAUACAGGCGGGUGUGAGCUGGAGCCAGACAGGCCUGGGCAUCGGUUGGAACAUCCGUUCUCAAGUCUGUUAAACGACCCAUAUGGGAAGUACACCAGGGGCCAGCGUGGCUGUGCUGUCCCUCUGUCCCUGCAAUCGUGCUUCUGUGGAGCUGUCCUAAAGGCGCCUAUACAGUAUGGGAUGCCACGCCACGUGCAUGUGCUGUUGGUUCAGCAGUGCGAGAUCCAACAGGAGGCUGGCACAGCCCACCUGAUUUCAAGGGGUCUUGCAUCAGUGCAAAACAGCACUGUGGGUGGAAGCAGUGAAAUCAGGCCUGGGGGUUGAUGUCUGGCUUUGGAAACGUGUCAGUGUUUCACAUACAAAAAAACCCAGUAAGACAAAGUCCCCAAGCUACAGUGAAGCCGUGUGUUCUAGCUGUUUGUUGCUACUAACAAAUCACCCAGAACUUUGUGGCUGGUCACUGCAAUGGUCGUCUUAUUAUUGACUUGUGUUCUGGGUUGACAGGGCUCAGCUGUGUGGUUUCGGGUUCAGAGUGUCUCACGUAGUCACACUCACCUGUGCUUAUCUGAAGUUUGCACCUGGGCUGGGGCUGCUAGGCCCCUCUGAUCUCUGUGUUCUCAGUAGGUGGCUUCAGGAUGGCUGCAUAUGUGAUGUGCAGUCCACAGGUGC